AUGGAGACUACCAAGGGAUAUUUGGUUUAUGAUAAUAAUUCAAAUGAUCAUCCAAAGUUGUUAGCAAUAAUGGCCCAUUUGAAUUAUGAAUACUCAAUCUACAAAUACACUGUUUAUAGAUGUGCUUUAAAAAUUUGCACCAUUAAAAAACUACUCUAUACAUCAAAGCUUCAGUUUAAAGUCGUUUUACAAAUCCUUGAAAGGCAUCAUUUGAAUACAGCCGAUGAUUUGCUACCAAUACUGCCAAAGCAAUUAGUCAAUCUAUUAAGAGAAAUUUUUCAAGAAAGUGAUAAAUUGGGUGUAUUUCAAGAAUCUUGUGAUUUUGAUGUAGAAACUGCUGCCAAAGUUUUAGCAAAUUUUUUCUGGAAUGUUUUUGAUCCUGACCGUAGGGAUCCGAUUACAUUAAUGGAAUUCAAGGAAACAUUUUUGUUAUUAUGUGAUAUAAAUUCCUUUGAGCAAAUAGUAACUGCAUAUUUUCUUCUAAUGGCAGAUCAUAACAGAUGUAUUACACGAUUUCGUUUUGAAUGUUUAUUAAAUGUUCUUAUAAAGUUACUUACAUAUAUUGAAGAAGAGGAAGGAUAUGGUGCAAGUAAUAUACCCAUUACUUUACAACAAUGCUUUGCUCAAUGUCCCGGAAUCAAUGGUUUAAAUGAAUUUCAGUUUCAUAAUUUAUGGACGACAACUCCAACAAGAUUUUUGAUUUAUGCAAAUCUACUUGCUUUAGUCAAAAGAAUACGAGACACAGAAAAGCUUAUUCAUAAAAUACCGUGUGUAGCUUGUCAGUCAAUUAUUAUAGGAAUUCGUUUUAAAUGUCAAUCUUGCAAGCGUUUAUCGCUUUGCAUGAAAUGCUUUGCAAUUGGAUUUUCCAGUAGUAGGCAUACGAUAGGACAUCGUAUGUAUGAAGUUUUCACCGAAGAUGACCCGUCACCAUCUAAGUGGACAAAUUUUUUAACAAAAAUAUGUACUCUCUUUCUGAGUAAUAAAAACUAUAACGCAGAUAUAAAUGAUACAGAGAUGCAAUUAGAAUUGACACCAAACGAAGACACAGAGACCUCAACAGUUGAGACCAAAUUAUCAGAAGAUACAAGUCCGAUUGAAUUAAAAACUAGAGAUUCAAAAGAAGAUGUUUUAGAAUCACUUACUGUAGUAAAUAACACAUCGAAUGUGCUGUCUGAAACUAUACAAAAUGUUAUAGAAAAAUUAUCAACAGAAAAGGAAAAAAUAGCUCAACAUAAAAAUUGUUUGGACUUAUCUAAAAACAGAAAUUUCCAUGAGUUCUUACAAAGUCAUGAAAAUGAAUUGUUGAAUAUACUAAAACAACUUAAUAUAAUAUUACAAACUAUAAAUAUUUCACAUUACCCAGCAUCCAGUACGCCACAUCGUUUGAAAAUUAAUGAGGAAAAUGCCAAGUGUCUAGAUAGCCUAUUAUCUAGAUCAAUUAAUGGUGCUGAUAUAAAUAAAACUUAUUUGGAAGCUAACAGAUCUGAUUAUUCAAUUAAUGAUUUAAGUACAUGGUUUCACAAAAGAAAAUCAUUUACAAGUUUAUCAUUAACACGUAACGCAAAACAGUUGACAUCAGUACAUGAAAAUGAUGAUAUUAAUAUAGAAACUGACAUGAAAAAUUUUCGUGAAUUAUUAUCUAAAGUUAAAGAAAUUGUAGAAGAUUCAUAUAGUGAUAAUUCGGAAGUAGCAAAAGCAACACAAAAUUUUGAAAAUAUUCUAGAUAAUAUUAUUAAAACAGAAGAAGAUAAAAGAAAUAUCCUUAAUUAAUUACGUUAGUUAUA